AAAUGCCUCUACGUAAUUCUGUUGAUGGCCAUAUACUGGUGCACCGAAGCUCUGCCCUUGUCUGUGACCGCUCUACUUCCCAUAAUUCUCUUCCCCUUCCUCAGUGUCCUCCCAGCCAGCAAAGUUUGCCCGCAGUAUUUUUUAGACACCAACUUCCUCUUUCUGAGUGGCUUGAUCAUGGCGGCUGCCAUUGAAGAGUGGAAUCUGCAUCGUAGGAUUGCACUGAGAAUCCUUAUGUUGGUGGGAGUCCAGCCAGCCAGGCUUAUUUUAGGAAUGAUGCUUACAACUUCCUUCCUGUCCAUGUGGCUGAGUAACACAGCCUCCACCGCUAUGAUGCUACCCAUUGCAAUGGCUGUUCUAAAGAGCCUCUUCGGAGACAGGGAAACAUCUCGGGACCUCAAGAGGGAAAAUGAGGAAAGCCAAGCCUCUGUACAUCAGAAUAAAUUUCACACAGUGCCAACUGAGAUGCAGAUUCUAGCAAAUGUUGAUGAAAAAGACUUGACGGAGGAGAAGGAAGUCACAAUUGAAGUUUCCUCAGACAUACAGAAGGAGGAAAUGCACAAGAAGAACGUAUGGAAAGGCUUCCUCAUUUCGAUCCCUUAUGCAGCCAGUAUCGGUGGAACAGCGACGCUGACGGGAACUGCCCCAAAUCUCAUUCUUUCAGGACAACUCAAGAGCUUUUUUCCAGGGUGUGACGUUGUGAAUUUUGGCUCUUGGUUUGUGUUUGCCUUUCCCUUAAUGCUGCUGUUCCUUUUUUUCGGAUGGCUCUGGAUCUCAUUCCUUUAUGGAUGCAUUAGCUUGAGCUGGAGAAAAAAGAAAUCGGAGAUCAGAGCUGAUGCAGAAGCCAGAGCCAGGACAGUAAUAAGGGAUGAUUAUCGGAAGCUGGGACCAAUAAAGUUUGCUGAACAGGCGGUAUUUGUACUUUUCUGCUUAUUCGCAAUCCUGCUAUUCUCUAGAGACCCUAAGUUCAUCCCAGGCUGGGCAAGCUUUUUCACACCAGGGUUUGUCACCGAUGCUGUUACUGGAGUCACAAUAGUGACGAUAUUGUUCUUCUUCCCAUCGAAAAGGCCGUCCCUUAAAUGGUGGUUUGAGUUGAAAGCGCCAAACACAGAGAACCAGCCGUUGCUGUCUUGGAGAAAAGCCCAAGAAAGUGUACCAUGGAAUAUAAUCCUAUUGCUUGGAGGGGGUUUUGCCAUGGCAAAAGGAUGCGAGGAGUCUGGCUUGUCUGUCUGGAUUGGAGGCCAGCUUGACCCCCUGGAGAACCUCCCUCCUGCUGUAGCUGUUAUUCUCAUUACGGCAGUGAUCGCGUUAUUCACAGAAUUUGCAAGCAACACAGCCACAAUCAUAAUCUUCCUGCCUGUCCUGGCAGAACUGGCCAUCCGUCUGAAAGUGCAUCCCCUCUACUUAAUGAUACCAGGAACCAUAGGGUGCUCAUUUGCUUUCAUGCUUCCAGUCUCUACACCCCCAAAUUCAAUUGCCUUUGCUUCUGGGCACUUACUGGUUAAAGAUAUGGCAAGGACAGGUGUGCUUAUGAAUCUGAUGGGAGUUUUGUUUCUGAGUCUGGCUAUCAACACUUGGGGCUCGAGCAUCUUUCAGCUGGGCAGCUUCCCUGACUGGGCCAACGUCCAUUCAGAAAACACUACACUGCUGUUAGAUGUGCAGAACGUCACUCUAAACUCAAUGAGUAAAUUAUGAACAGAACAACCUUGUUGCGGGAGGAGCACUCCCCCUUCAAAUUUGGGCACUGAAUUAGUUCCACAGCAAGUACAAGAACGCACAGUGGCAUCGUUGAUGCCCCUCCUUAUACAGGACUGCCAUGUUCCUUUUAUGUUCGUUUUUAUAAAUAUUGGUGAGUACUCACUGGAUAAUUGUUUUGUUCCUUGGAAGACUUUCUCCACUUUCAUGCCAAAAACUUCCAAUCAGGCAGUUCUUAGGUAGGUUUAGACCCUUUGAGUGUGAAUCCUAGGACACUGUGUGUAAAUAAACAGUGACUGUGAACUGCAAGCUGGAGAAGAUUCUGUGAAAACCUGCCAAAUCUGGAAUACUAUUAGUACACAUAUUAUAAACAAUCAGAUCAUAUCCAUUAUCCAAACAUCAUGUCUUGUUAGACCUUGCACAGCCAUAAUCCUAAAAACUGCCUAUAGUGGUCUGUAGCCCAGCCACUCACACAAAAUUCCCCUAUAGCCAAUGGAAUAUUGGAAGAUGCCUUAUAUCGAGUGAGAAUGAGAGAGAGGUACCUCAGUAUAAUCUGUCUGCUGCUGUAUUGUCUCACAGGCAGCAACUCCCUGAGGUCUUAGUCAAGGUCUUUCUCAGUCGUAGGUGGAGAUGCUGGAGCUUGUACUGGGUACCAUUUGUAUGUAGUGAUAAACCAAAAGAAAGAGAUCCCUCAAUAAGACAUACAAAAUAUUCAGGUCAUAGACCAAAGAAUGAAUGACAAGAAGAAUAAAUUAGUAAUGCAAUUUACAUAUAAGGAUACAAAACAAUAUGAAACUAUGUUUCAAUGGAAUAAAUAGCCAAUGUAAAACAUGAAUACAAGCAAUAAACAAGGGGUCAGCAAACUUUUUCAGUAGGGGGCCGGUCCACUGUCCCUCAGACCUUGUGGGGGGGCUGGACUGUAUUUUGGGGGGGGGGAAAUAUGAAUGAAUUCCUAUGCCCCACAAAUAACUUAGAGAUGCAUUUUAAAUAAAAGGACACAUUCUACUCAUGUAAAAACACCAGGCAGGCCCCACAAAUAACCCAGAGAUGCAAUUUUUUAAAAAAGGACACAUUCUACUCAUGUAAAAGACAUGCUGAUUCCCUGACCAUCUGCGGGCCGGAUUUAGAAGGUGAUUGGGCCUUAGUUUGGGGACCCCUGCAAUAAACCAUCCAGAUAUCAGUGAUAAACAAUCCCAAAUGCAUAUGUUGUAGAAUACUACAUAAUCCAAAUACUAUAUAGCCAUAGAACUGCAGGUGAAUGAUGAAAAUUCACUGGGAUGAAGGCAGACAUUUUAACCAUGGCUGUAGCAGAUCCUUCCCUGGCACUGUGAUCCAAGCGUAUAAGCUUGCCUCAUUUUAAAGUGGUACAUAUGUAUAGACCUAUCUGUAUUCAUUCUACAGCUUACAAAAAUGAAGUAAGAACAGUGGGAAUGACUACUCCAGAGAUUGGCAGGAGAAGUAUAUUGGUGCAACACAGGUGCUAGCCAGUAGGUGCUCUCCAUAAGUAGCUUUGCCUAUGUUCAGAACCAAACCAAACCAAAUAUACAAACAUGGCUUUUCAGAGGUCUUUCUGGGACAGAAAGACGUGUGUUCACAUUGCCUAUAGGAGGGCACUUCUAAACUGACACCGCUGCUCUUAAAUGUUACAUGUGUCUUCAUCCUGAGUGGACUUAAUCUUUCACUCUAAUGCAACUCACCAUCUAGCAGCCACAAACAAAUGGGAAGGGUUGUGACCUACCUCACAGGGUUGUUGUGAGGAUGAGUGAUAUAACAGUGGUAGAAGUUUAAAGGGUUGAAGAAGUGAUAAAUACAAGUCACUCAGCUGCUGAUGCUGACUUGAGAAUUGUGGAUAAGUGGUGCGAAUGUGCACCCUUAGCUGAGUGAAAUAUGUCUCUCUGUAUUGGUCUUAACUAUGCAAACCUUAAAAGUCUAGACUGUGGAGGCUGGCAUGCCAACCAGAGAUGUGCUAACUUAGUGGACAUUUCCAGAGGAUUAUUAUUGUUGGGAUUUAAGGUGGGGGAGGGGCUGAUUCUUUGAUUUCUUUUUAUAUAAAACUGAUUAUUUGGGUACUUUCAAUGAAAGUGUUUGUAAAUGGACAGUGAUUCUAAUCACCUCUGUAAUGCAAAUUCUACAUUUUGACGUUGUGUGUGUGUUUGUAAGAAAUGGACUUAUUGUUAAUGAAAUAUCACUGCUGAAAGCAUGUUUUGAAAGAUACGACACUGGAAGUUGCGUUGAGGCUGGGGAGGAGGCUUAAAAGUGAAUUCUUGAUGUGACGCAGAAGGAAAGAUUCAGUGGCUUUGUAAUUCUGCUGCCUUGCCUUAUUCAGGACCUGUUCCUGGACCACAGCUGGUGAAUACAGCCAUUAGAUCUACAUCUCUCUCCCUCCUUCUCUUUAAUCAGAGUUACUGCUGCUUUGAAAACCACAUU